AUGUGGAAAAUCUCCCUUCUCUUCAUUCUAGCUUUGAGCACUUGCGCUCUAUCGCAAACUACAGUAACCUUGCCGAAAAUCGUGCAAGCGGAACGAACUUUGGUGGAGAAUUUGUUGGUGUAUAUUCAGACAUUUUUGGCCUCCCAAACAUCGACAUUUUUGCAGAUUUAUAAUGAGAUUUUGAAGAUUGUGAAGACUUUUAGUUUGAAUGUUUGA